AGUAGCAGCAGCAGCAGUAGCAGUAGCAGCAGUAGCGAUAAUAGCGGCAUCGCAAGCUCGGUCGGCAGCGCAGCCUACUUCAGCGCUGAUGAGGCACACUUUGCACCAACCGCAAUGAUGCACCUCAGUGUAAUACGCGUAUACAAGUCGACAUGGAGAGCGAAGAGAGGGAAAGGAUAGAAAAGGCAUACUGUAUGUGUAGUGCUGGCUCCGAGAAUAGACGGGAGAACGAGAAACUUAUUUAGACGCCUCUACCGCCGGUGCUGAUGUGGUGGACGGCACGUAGCCAUUACGUAACCGCGGCCAUCGGUUAUUUUUAAGGCACAGUAAGAGGGAAUGAGUCAGUGGCCCAGACUUAAAGCCGGUGCUACGGCGCUUCUUGUCACCUGCGUUACUUAUGCUCGUUUAUCCAGUGAAGUCUAAACAGGAAAAGCACGCUUUUUGGUGUGAGUCAUGUAGGAAGGGCGCCAUUGAUGAUGGUAAAACGGGGUUUGGCGUAGCAGCUUGCGUCGGACACAAAUGUUGCGUAUUGCGAUCAUGUGUCGGCUGGAUCUCUGAGUGCCAUACAAUGAAUGGAAUCACAAUGGACGGUGUAAGCAAAAAAGUGUUGAAAAUUUGGUUAAAAUAGAAAAAUCGAAUUCUCGAUGAAAUUAUGCAUUAUUUAUUAAACAGUGAAACCAUACCCCCAACAGAGUGAAACAUGCUGUAAUGUAAAAUUUGGCUAAGAGAGAGAGAGAGAGAGAGGCGUGAUUCAGGUAGUCACCGCCUUGGUUACAACAUGUAGCAAUAUCAGUUCUGUCUAUAGAGGCUAACACUAUAUAUCCCAAGCAAGCGUUUCUUUGUCACAUCGAUUUCGAGACACGGUAUAGACGUACUUCGAAGACUAUGUACUUAUUUUGUUUUUGUUUGUCCUCGGCAGAUAUUCAUUUUUUAGGCACGAUUCGCAUUUAGUUAUUGGCUCGUUGGGUGCGUAUGAGUAGGUCAGUUUUGGUAAAACCACUAUCGGGACAAAGACUAGAUAGCAUGCAUUGCUGUUGCUCACAAAGUUAUAAAUAUGGUGUAUAUUUUUGCUAAUUUACAUCUCAGCGUUAGUAGAUGACGUGGAAAAUUUAAAAAAAUUUAAAACAUAGAGGUUAUAGAGAUAAAAAAGGAGAAAUUUUGAAAAACAAAAAAGAGGUGAUGAAGGUAGUAGCGGCAGAACCUGCUGAUGUGAUUCCUUCUCAAAACUAGGCUUAUUGGAGGAACCUCUGAUGAGUUCAUUAUGACCUCUCCGGACAUCUUAUAAACUAAUACCAAAAAUUGAUUCCCAAAACUUGUGUAUACAGCUCACGGAUAACUCAAGAUUAGUACAGGCCACCGAACUUCGUAAUUGAUUUUGGACAACACAAAAUGACCGCCUUGCUUAUCAAAUAAAAUAUCAGCACCGUGCUUUUAAUCGUUUUGUUGCGUCCUACUCUGUCCUGACUUUCCAUUGCCUUACUUCGAAAAAAGUGUACGACAAAUUAAAAAGUUCCAUUAAUUCUUAUUAUUCAGUCAGAACAGAAGACGUAAGUAGGUUCAUUAUUAACAGAGGCCGUGUUGCCAGGCGGACUAUAUUUAUUAUUAACUAUGUAUUACUAGUACCAGCAAAGAAAGAUAGAAAAAAUUAAAUUAAAAAAAAAAAAAGACCAAAUUGUGUUUUGGAGAGGAUGAUUCAGCUUUAUAGGGAUUAUUCAUAAAGUGAGGUCUAGUUCCAGAAAGACGUAGUUCGAAUUGAACAGGCAGACCUGUUAGUGUUGUUGACGUUCUGGCGAUAUAUUUAUUAAUUAACCCGUGUUCGUGUUUAGUCAAGAAUCAAUAAAUAGAAGCGUUCGAUUUUAUUAGCUGCCCAGAUGUGUGCCGCAUAUUCGAAGAUGUCAUCGGUGAGGCUAUGGAAGUAAGGCGCGUUACGUAAUUUGCAAUACAACGGACUCAAUGAUAAUCUUAUACUUAGUUAGAAUCCUUAGAAGGAAAUUUGUGAGAAGCUACGUCGUGCUAAUCAUAUAUGGGUUAUCAUACAUAUCACCUCUGCGAAUUGGUUCCCAGUGUUUUCGAGCGUACUGUGUUUAUUCUGAUCGACUUCUUUGGAUACCGGUAGGUUUAACAAUGCGGAAUAUCUGUGUUGCGCACGUACAUAUUCUCCAUCACUGGUUAAAAUGUGGAUCCUACAACAACUAUUCCGUAAAAUAUAAACCCAUAUAUAUUGGCUUAGCUUAACAGUGUCUAUGCAUCAUGUUGUGAAUGAACAUCCUUGUUAAGCCCGUGACACGAUGUAUGAAAAUAUGAUGGCACGAAAAUAUCACCGACAUCGUCACGGUGUUGUUGCUUAUAUCGAGAUCAAAGACUUUUCUGAUCUAAUUGUAAUUUAGGUAUGUACCUACCUGAAGCCUAAAUAAAUGCUUGGCUUUACGCAUUGCUUCAGUCGGGCGGAAAAACCUACUCGCGAUGUUUUUUCGCCUACUAAAGACACAUCUCGACGCUCGUUUGUUUUUUUGUCUUUUUUUCUUUUUGCUAUUCUACAAAGAUCUGCCAUUAUCAUUGCGAGACCUGUUUGCGACGGUCUUCAUUUCUAUAUGUUGACUUUUCAAGAGAGUGUAAGUAGGAGGAUAGGUAUCAAGGUCCUGUGAUCUCACAAUGUCUCGUAGUGUUCACGUUUGGGUCCAUAUUCGCAUUGAAGUGUCAUCUCAUAACAUAAGCUUUUUUAGGCCUACAGGUGUUUCGUAUUGAACGAAUGUCAUCAUUACUCCUAUAAGAGUCUAAAAAUUUUCAAACAGACCGAAAAUAGGACUUUUUAGUGCGUGUCUUAGUACCUAGCAUGAACGUUACUAAAUCACAAAUUUCUAAUUUUGUCUCUUUGGAGUACUUUUUUGCGCAAACCCUAAUAUAGCCACGGAUCUCAACAGCAGUUAUCGACUUACAUUUCUCCUACAUAUGGCUGCCCAAGUGGUGUCGUAGGCCUGCCGCUGCGCGGAAGAGGCAACCUGAACUCGGUAGCUCCUCCGCUGCCUCCAAAAAUGAAUAGUGGAACGGUUUCGGUUAUGGCGAUGGCGAAUCAGGUCACCGGAGCCAGUACCUCUUGCGGUUUAUCAGGAACCACGGCUAAUCCGUCUAGUAAAGGGACAGGACUUUCUGGAGGUGGCGGAGGCGGGAAUGUUAUGGCUGCCUCAUUGUUAGGAGCGGUCCCUCCUGCGCCGCUCGACCCGUUUCUACCGGUUGCUCUUAGUGCGGCCGGUACUCCAUUGUCGACGCAGUUAAACGCUACACUUCCGACGUUGACGGCGUACGGCCAAGCAUGGAACUGCAACACAGGCACUCCUGUUGGAGUUCACGCCCCCGCCCCGAUGAAGAACGGCCACUUCGCAGCUCCACCACCUGCGCAGCUUCACACACUGACCAAUUUCGGCUCACAGCUCUCUUCAGGCCUGACAUCAGCCGGCCACCAUGACGCCCCUAGCACUCUGCAAACACAUCGUCUUGCUACUGCAGCUUCACCUUAUCAAUCGGCUCAUCUUCACCAGCAGGAUCAUGUAGGUAUCCAGCAUCGGAAGGCAACGUCGGAUCUGAUAGACCUUGACCUCGAUUCCCUUCGCGGGGACGGCGACGUUUUGGAUCUAUUCGACCCGCUAAAGGUCAAUUCUCCGAGUCCAUCGAGUCGCCACAGUCCGCCCGUGGUCGGCAGCGGUCAACCAUUCGGCCCCCCCUCAACGGACCGACAAGAUCCCAUAUCGGAUCAGCAGCAGCAGCAGCAGGCCGGUCAACAAACGAUUGCGCCUGCAAAUGAACAUAACAGACAGCUACCCAAAGCUAGCCGACCUGUACCGGCUGAACGUGAGAGUUUACGGAAACGAGAAAGCGUUACUGUCGUACAACAACAGCAGCAGCAUCCAUCACAGACGUCGGGAGAUGCGUCAACGCCAGCGGUUACAACAACCUUGCACAAUGAAAAUGACAUUAGCUGCGUCAGGGAGAACGAGAUCACGCAAAGGGCAAGUCCGUCAAGUGAAGCAUCGUCGCCCGGCUCGGUAUCAGAGGUUCUGGCCAAACGGAGCGAGGAACGCCUUCGCUUCCUCGAGGGUUUUCGGGUCGAACAGCGACAGAGGUCAGCCAAUCCUGACGAUGAGGUAUUUUGGAGUAAAUGCAAACAACUUCGAUCGGAGUUUACCCAUGACGACCACCUUACUAAUCCUGGCCUGAUCGUCUCGCCAACUUUAGACACUCGGUGGCAAGAGCCAAUGAGCGUCCGUAUGGAAAUCUCAACCCCGGCAUGCGAAAGACCAUUUUGCUUUACCUGUGACGUGAGUACAACGAUUCAGCAUGUCAUCUCACAGGUUGUUUACUCAGCCGGGCUCGAUGAUAUCAACAUGGAUAAUUACGCGCUUCGGGUACGUGGACGAGCUGAGUACCUCACAUCUGAUUCGAUGGUUCGCGAAUACGAGUACGCUCACUGGUGUGUGAAGUUUGACCGACCGCUGUAUCUGACGCUUGUUAAAAUUGAGGAGCUCCGCAGGCCAUGGCAGCGAGUGCUCCGGGACGACGCGCACUUCCUGGAUGUAAAGAGCUGCGAUCUUCUCCCUGCUGACUCCCACAAUGUGGAACUUCUUGAGAUCCGGGUUUACCUGGAUACAUUUCGGCAGGAAGCUUCACGUAUCUUGAGACAAAGCAGCGGAGUCGUUCGUGCAAGCGGUGUUGUACAGGUCGUUAAAGCGGUAUGCGCCAGGCUAUCGCGAGUUGAGACAAACGAUCUGGUACAAGCUUUGGAAGGCCUCGAGCGAUUGUGUGAGGCCGAUGCUCCAGACUUAAUUGAGAUGGAACGUCGACGCGAAGUCGUAUCAUAUCAGCUACUUCAAAUCCAGCGCAAUCUACACCAGUUGCUUGAUUUAUAUUCGGAAACGUUUCCAGUGGAUUUCGUCGUGUGCAAUGAUCAGAUGACCCCGCCAACGAGCCCAGGCAAGAGAAGCCGAAAAGAAGUUACACUUUAUAGCGAUUCGGUGCUAUUUCAAGCAGGUAGCCUAUACCAGCCACGACCAGAGUGGCUCGUCAAUCAUGACCGUUUCAUCUUGUGUUGCAACCUGGUCUAUGGAUGGCGUAUUAUCCACCAGGUAGAAUCGCAGAAUGGCCGCGUGGGUCAAGGCCUCUUCAAAAAAAUCGAUUUCGAGGACUGGCUUGAGCUGGCAGUUCCGAUGCGACUUUUGCCGAGGGAAUCGGCACUUUAUGUCAAACUAUUUGGACUUAAUAAAGAAGAUCCCAGCCAGCGCGUAGCAUUGGGCUGGUUUGCGUUGAAUCUGUUCUCAUCGAAAAGAGAACUAGUACAAGGAAUCAAAUUGUGCCCCUUAUGGGGAGCUGACGUUGACGAAAUGAGUGGACCGCCCUGCUGCAGUGACUCACCAUCGGCGCCCCUGAUGCUUAUGCAAUUUACAGAGUUUGAUAAUAUUGUUUUCUUUCCUAAAGUGUGUCACGAGAAAGUACCGAAGGUAGAAGUUGACUUAGACCCAGAAGAGGAACAACGACUACGCGAAAUGCUCGAUUGCGACCCACUCUGCAGUUUGCUCACGUCAGAAGUAGACAAGAAAUUCUUUUGGGACCGUCGCUUGUUCGUCCGAAAGUUGCCCCAACUUCUACCAAAAGUGCUGCUGUCUCGCGACACAUGGUGUUGGAUAUAUCUCAAAGACAUUUACGCAACUUUACGUGAAUGGAAACCGGCGUCAUAUAUAUCGGCGCUGACUCUGCUGUUACCACAGUUUCCCGACAGCGAGGUUCGACGAGUUGCCGUUAGCUGGAUAAAGUACGUGGGCUCGGAUGAGCUGUGUGACCAUUUGCCGCAACUUGUCCAGGCCUUACGCUUCGAGGCGUGGGAGGACUCUCCGGUUACAUGGUUCUUGCUGGAAAGGGCCUUGACAUCAACACGAGUCGCUCACCAAAUGUACUGGCUACUGCGUCAAAAUGAAGCUAACGUGCUUAGCCGACGGCGAGUUCGUCUGAUGAUGAGUGCUUUGCGAAUUAUCUCUGGCGGAGCGUUUUCAGGUCUUAUAACAGCCCAAGACAAGCUUUUACGGGGUUUACGCACGUCGGCCGAUGCGCUCAAGCGUACCCGAGAGAAUGACCGUAUCAGCUGUCUCAUGAACAGUAUGCGCGUCAUAAAUGAUGAACUUGAACAAAAUGGACCUCUAUGUCUUCCACUGAACCCUUGCCUCGAAGUAGCGGGAAUUGACGUCAAGAACUGUUCGUAUUUUACCUCGAACACGCUACCGUUAAAGGUGACGUUUAAAAACAUUGAACCAUUGGCCGAAUCGCACGAGGUAAUUUUCAAAGUGGGUGAUGACCUCCGUCAGGACAUGUUGGUUCUACAGAUGAUCCGCAUCAUGGAUAAGCUGUGGCUCAAACAGGGACUAGACCUUCGAAUCAUCACGUUUGAGUGCGUGGCCACCGGUAAGGACGAAGGAAUGGUGGAAGUUGUGCGUGAAGCGGAAACCCUCCGCAAGAUCCAGACCGAACACGGUCUUACCGGUUCGUUCAAAGACAAGCCAAUCGCCGAAUGGCUGAAGAAACACAACGGUAGCGAGGCCGAAUAUGAACGUGCAGUAGAGAAUUUCAGCCUCAGCUGUGCCGGUUAUUGUGUUGCAACAUACGUAUUGGGUAUAUGUGAUCGGCACAAUGACAACAUCAUGCUAAGGCCAUCGGGACAUAUGUUCCAUAUUGACUUCGGCAAGUUUCUUGGGGAUUCGCAGAUGUUUGGCAGUAUCAAACGGGACCGAGUUCCUUUUGUCUUAACAAGCGACAUGGUGUAUGUGAUCAAUGGUGGAGACAAGCCUUCGAAGAAGUUCCAGAUCUUCGUUGAGAAAUGUUGCGAGGCAUUCAACAUACUUCGAGCAAGUAGCAAUGUCCUUAUUACACUAUUUGGUCUUAUGGUAUCUUCAGGCAUUCCCGGCCUCAAUGAAGACGCCGUCCAAUUCGUACAGAAAGCUCUUAUGCUAGGGAAAAGUCAUGCUGAAGCAUCUGUCGCCUUCACGCAGCUAGUGCGCGAAGCGUCGAGUUCGAUGUCGACACAAAUGAACUUCUUUAUUCAUAACAUCGCCCAAAUGCGUUUCACUGGCGACCAUAACGAUACGUUGACGCUAAACUUCGCCCCGAAGAUUCACACGAAAAAGACGGAUGGACGUCUGCUUUACUACCAGAUUAUCGGUUGCCAAAAGAAACACAUUCCGGAAAAGCAUUACGUCUACGUAAUUCGCCUUCGUCGUGACAAAGAAUCGGUGGACACAAAAGUCCAUCGGACGUACGAUGAGUUUCUUGAGUUUCACUAUAAACUCAGCAAGCUAUUUCCUAAUGCUCCAUUUCCGCCCCUAACAAAAAGCUCGUUGAUCGGCCGUACAAAUACGGCCGACGUAGCCGAGAAACGUAAGACUGAGCUAGUCAAUUUCCUUCGAGAACUACAGAACAUGGCGGAAGAGGUUGCUCACUGUGAUUUGGUGUACACAUUCUUCCACCCAUUGUAUCGGGACCACGAUGGCUUGAAGGAGGAGCACCGGCUUACCAACGAGCUGCAAAUGGCCGGGCCGAGUGGACAUUACGAGCCCGGUAGCGCGGGUCGAAUUAAGCUGGAUUUGACUUUCGCCAAUCAGCGCUUGUCCAUUAUGGUAAUGCAUGCCGAAAAUCUGCGCUGCGAGCGCAAAACUGCCCCAGAUGCAUACGUAAAGACGUAUCUGAAACCCGACCCGGAUAAACAGACUAAACGCAAAACUCGUAUAGUUAGCCGCUGUAAACAUCCCACGUUUAUGGAGCUCGUUUCGUAUCGAUAUCCCUAUGAAACCCUCCGGACCUUAGUACUGGAGGUGUCGGUCUGGGACCACGAUCGAGUGCAGGGUAAUGAAAUGCUUGGCAGUGCGUACAUUGUUCUUGACAAACUCGACCUUAGGAAGCCACAUAUCGCCUGGUUCAACCUAUUAGCCGUUGGGCGAGGGUUCGCCAGCUGAUUCACUGGGCCUAAUGAAUAGAAACCAUCGACGAAGGUCGCACGAAUUAAUUAAGCCCAUAUAAUUAAUUUAAAUGCUAGGCAGAUACACAAGGGCUACUGAUCCAAAUAAAAUUAGAAAUUACUAAAUCAAAUUAAGGACACACUUGACGAGCGUAUGGUCAACACAGAAUUUCAUUUGAUUAGUGUGAGUUAUCGCACAUAUUAUAUGUUGGUCUUUUGUUUCUUUAAUUGAGAGUAUAUGUGCCCGAUGUAUGAGGUGUUCAUAAACCAAAAUAAUUGACAAUACCCUUUUAUUUUUUUGCCACGAUUCUAUAAACCACAAAGUCUUAAGUACGCACAGGACUAGAAUGUCUACUAUACUGGCUAAGUUGGCCGACGAUUUUUCAACUCACGAUUUUUUAGCUCGAUUUUUCCCAAUGAACUUUUCUGGCUUGUGGUUUAUAGAAAUGUAAGAGAAAUCUGAAGCCUCUUAAGAUGUUUGUCUUAAUCUUUACUUAGCUCGAAACGACCCAUCUGGUAGAGCAAUGUUUUGAAUAUCGCACACAGCUUGAAUCUCUACUAUUUUGAGCCUUCGCAAGCAACAAAAGCUUCAUUCUUACAUGUGGCUUUAGAAUUAUCACCUAGCGCUAAUUUUUACCGCUACGACAGUUUUUACAGGUUAACAGCGCCAAAGUGUCUAUCGGCAAAGCUGUUUCCAUAGAUUAUUAGACAACAGGAAAACUAUCAAUAUUGUGGGAUCGCGUUCUAGGAAGUUAGGUUUAAUAAAUGAACGAAACAAAGAUUUUUUUUUAUGCAGACAGAUAUGCUGGGGCAAA